AUGCCAUCAUUUAAAAUAAAGAAAAUAGAAGCUUUUAUGGUAAAUUAUGAAUGCUCUAAUCAUUAAGACAGCUCAGUAUCCAAGGAUUUUAUUAUUAUCUUAUUAAUAAGAGGUUUACUUUCUUAAAAAAAGAUAUUUUUGAAUGUAAAAGAAACUGCUUAAGACUUAACUUGGAUUAACCAAUUAGAUUGUAUGUUAUUUUGA